AAAACGAUCUCCCAACACUUUUGGUGGAAGAAUUCCCGAAGAACAUCUCGUGCUGGGUGUUUAUCGCCAAUCAGUUCCGUUUGAGAAACACUGCCGGAGCAGCUCCGGGGAGCAUUAUCAAUGCUCUCUGGCCCCCCUCGCGUACGUGCUCGUGUGCGUGAUGCUGCCCCGUAUAAAACAGGCCUCCGAUCAGUGCCGCUCUAAUCAGUGCCUCGCGAUCCAUUCCUACGGGCAGUAAGCCACCGGUCGCUGUUCCCUCAAGUCAAGUUCAAGGAUGUAUUCCGGCAUCGCGUUGUGCGUAGCGGCACUGGCCGCACUUGCCGCCGCCGGACCGGCCGCCGUUCGGCAGGAACGUUCGGCGCUCUCCUUUCGCUGGUGCGUCCCCCAGGAGCUGGUGGACGAUUGUGGGCGGCUGACGGCGGCGGCCGGCGUACCGGUCGGUUGCGUCGGCGGCAUCGAUCGGCUCGACUGCCUGCGCAAGGUGCAGAACCGGGAGGCGGACUACCUGAUGGCCGACCCGGAGGACGUGUACGUGGCGUCGCACUUCGACAACGCCGACUUUGCCGUGUUCGCCGAGCUGCGGACGGCGGAGGAGCCGACCGCCCAGUUCCGGUACGAGGGCAUCAUGCUGGUGCGCGCCGCGGACAACUUCCGCGCGCUGGCGGACCUGCGCGGCAAGCGCUCCUGCCACACCGGGUUCGGGCGCAACGUGGGCUACAAAAUCCCGGUCACUCGGCUGCAGCGGGCGGGCGUGCUGAAGCUGCCGCAGGGCGAUGGCACACUGUCGCCGGUCGAGCGGGAGCUUGCCGGGCUGUCCGAGCUGUUCAGUGCGUCCUGUCUGCCGGGCAGCUACUCGUCCGACGGUGGGUUCGAUCGGCUGCUGAAGGAGCGGUACGGCAACCUGUGCCAACGCUGUGCCCAGCCGGACCGGUGCGCCAAGGACGACCGGUACGCCGGGUACGAGGGUGCGAUCCGCUGCCUGGUCGAGAACGGCGGUGACGUGGCGUUCAGCAAGACGAUCAACGUGCGCAAGUACUUCGGGCUGCCGGUGACGAGCGGCGGCGUGCCGGCCGGACCCGCCGUCAACCCGAACGCCCGGCCGGAGGACUUUGUGUAUCUGUGCGAGGACGGUACGACGCGCCCGAUCGCUGGUGGGGACGGACAGCCGGUGUGCUCGUGGGCCCAGCGCCCGUGGCAGGUGCUGCUCGCGAACGGGGAUCUGAGCGGGGCGCGGCUGCAGGAGCUGCAGUCGGUCGGUCAGCAGCUGCACCGCUACUGGACGGCACCGGAGCAGGAGUCGGACCGUGCCACCGCCCAGCGGCUGUGGAUCGAUCGGAACGCACCGCUGGUCGCGCGCAACGAGACGCUGGCGCCGCGCGACUAUCUCGCCCGCGCCAACUACGCGGAGGUGAUUGAGCGCGAGGGCCGGUACGGGAACGUGCUGCGGCUGUGCGUCGUGUCCGAGCCGGAGCGGCAGAAGUGCGAGCUGAUGCGGCAGGCCGCCUACUCGCGCGACAUACGCCCCGCGCUGAGCUGCGUGCUCAAGACGCACGAGGCUUGCGUGGCGGCGGUGCGUGAUGGGACCGACGCGGAUGUGGUGGUGCUGCGGGCCCCGAAUGCCCAGCUCGAGCCGCUGCUGUGGGAAACAUUCGGCGACGUGAUGGUGGCGAUCGCUGAUAAGACCAUCAGCCGGGAGCGCCUGCAAACCGGCCCGGUUGCCCUUAAUUUGGCAGACGAACGGGCCGUGGCCGCGUUCGGACAGCUUGUCACGCGCCUGCCCUCGCUCAAAUCGGUCGAUGCCAGCGCACCGGAAGCUGCCGGCGCACCGAUCCGCAUCGUGAACUCGAACGCACUGCCGCAGGGAGAGGCAGCCGACCAGAAGGUGCUGGUGUGCGACGAUUUCACCUUCCAGCCACUGGCGAACGUGGCGAUGUGCCAUCUGAGGUCGAACGACGAGCGUGGCCCGGCCGCCGCCAUCUACGUCCGCCGGCAGGUGGACGAGGCGGUCAAGGACAGUGUGGUGCACGCGUUCACCGCCCUGUCGGACACGUUCGGGCACGGGCAGGCCCGGGAGCAGGUGUUCCGCCUGUUCGGACCGUUCCGGCUGCGCAGCGGCGAGCAGCAGCUGGAUCUCAUCUUUCACCACUACGCGGUGGCCCUGUCGGCGGCCAAAAGAUCGUGAGGUAGCAAUUCGCACACCGCACAGAUGCACAAAGCACAGGAACAAACGAAAAAUACCGCAUCAUCAUGAUUGCGUCAAGUGGUGAAUGCGACACAAACAGUUAGCAAUGUAUUUUAAUCCAAUACGCAGACACGAAUACAAAUAGUGGCUUUUAAUUGCAA